AAAAUAGUGUUUGUCCCAUCUGCCCGUCUGUCUGCCAACGAGUAUCCGCCAUAAACAAGUUGCAGUCGAAUCUGCUCCGACUAUUGGUUCCCCUCGCGGCCCUGCAUACAUACAACAUAUGUACAAGGCCAUAGCGAAUCAUAGUCAACCUUUGUAUAGGUACCUCUAGUUGAACUCUCAAUAGCUUUCCGUAACCUAUUUCUUAGCGCAGACGCCCUCAGGUAUCUUCCAUUUGUUAUUUCUUAAUCGCAAUCCUCAAUCCUCAAUCCGCAAUCCAUAGCUUUUUGGCCCCCUCCAAUAAAACCAACUCCCCGCACCACUACCACCACGAUAACUACCCACAAUGGCAGCGAGGCGGUCAAAGGCGUCUGCCGACGAUGGAUUAAAUGAGCUUUUCGAAGGGAUUGACGAGAGCGUAGUUAAGAAGCCCGCUGGUAAAUCUAAGCCAGCUCCUUCUAAAGCUCGAGGAGAUAAGCUCAAGAAAGACAUUCCUGGACUUGCCGAGCUGGAAGACGAGCUUGGCGAAGAACCCGUACGACCCCAUACACCUCGCGUUAGAGAUACAUCUACCAAGGCACCCCUCAAACGAACUAGCACGGCAACACCCCCGCCCGGCGCCUCUCGACACUCCGAAGAUAAGUCAGCCAACGCCGCCCGCAAGUCCGUCGAUAGCACUCGCUCCCUCCACACGAGCUUCACUCCUAGUGCCACCAGCUCUGAACCCCAUGAUGCUGAGAAGAAGACCACGGCCGAGCCGACAGCGUCAGCGUCUGGCGGCGGUUGGUGGGGUGGACUGUUUGCUACGGCCAGCGCUACGGCAAAUGCAGCCAUGAAGCAAGCUGAGGCCGCCUACAAGGAGAUCCAGCGGAACGAAGAAGCCAAAAAAUGGGCUGAACAAGUCCGAGGCAAUGUUGGAGCACUGAAAGGGCUAGGCGACGGUAUCCGCCACCACGCUCUACCAACCUUCGCCAACAUUUUGCACACGCUGGCCCCGCCCAUUUCCUCGCACGAGCGUCUACUCAUCCAUAUCACUCACGAUAUUGUAGGCUACCCGUCGCUCGACCCUCUUAUUCAUGAUGUCUUCAGCCGGGUCAUGUCGCAAGUUGAAGGGGGUGACCUACUCGUCAUUCAACGGGGCCACGAAAACACUGCUCGGCGAUCUUCAGAUGCCUUCUACAAGGGAUCUUCCAACUCCGCGGGCUGGCGCGACGGUCCUUGGUGGAGGCAGGUCGACUCACCCCGGGAUUUGGGAGCAGUCAAAGGUUUAGUUGAGGGAACGAAGCUUUGCCGCGUUAGCGCAGAGAGCUACGCCCACGACUACUUCGCGGCUAGCGGUGGUGUUGGGGAAGCGCAGAAACGCGCCCUGGAACCGAUGAGCGAAGAGAAUCCCGUGCGAACUAGCGACAUUUUCCUCGCCGUCCAGCCGAUCAUUGUGGACGCAGACUCGGCCCUCUUCGCCGGUAGUACGGCAAGCGAAACAGAGAAGGAACCCAGCGCCGUUGCUGAUGACAGCGACGCGGACCCUCAUGUCUGCUUUGCCGUUUAUGUCCUCGAUCCGAUUCACGACAUCAUGUACAGCACCGUGAGCCAGCAUAUCCCGGCCAAGUGGAUCCACUGGCUAGAUGCGCCGGCUCCCUUGACGCCCGCCAGCGGCGAGAGCGACCAGCCCGGGCUAGAGGGCGCGAACGUGCCGGACGAGAUCCGCGAGAUCGUCGAGAACGGCGGUGUAGACCCGCGCGAAUGGGUCGCCGAAUGGGUCGAGGAAGCGCUGAGCUUGAGUAUCGGCGUCGUGGCCCAGCGGUACGUGGCUCGCCGGAUGGGUGUUGGCGAAGGCGGUCUGGGAAAGGGGAAGCAGAAGAUCGAGGCGGUCAUCCAGGAAGGCGGGGGCGAGGCUGCCAGAGCUGGGGUUAUUUAAAGGUGGAAUGGGAUUCGGGGGAUCAGAGCUCACGAGAAAGGAAUGGGGUGGAUUAAGACAGCAAAAGAAAACGAGAGAGAUGUGUACCUACCUAAGGUACCUAAGGUGAUAAGCUGCGUUGCGCGUCGUUCUGCGGCCUCUUCUAGCUUUCUUUUUCCUGGCUGGUGUUUGUUGCUUCCUAUGGAGUUAUCACGGUCAAAUCUAGUGCUUGAUUUCUCUCGCCGUAUUUUGGAUUUGUGCUAACUAGCUACCUACCUUAGGUAGGUUAGGUAGGUAGCCAGAUACUUGGGCAGUGAUUAGGUAUAUAGGUAUAUGAAGGGGUGUGAUAAUGUGAUAUCAAUUUUGGGGUAUUUGAUAUAACGAGCCGAUGUGAAUAUUCUAUCAGUUGGUAAUUAGCAAGCUCUAUGUAAGUUCAAAUGGCUCUUUUUUUUUUUUUUUUUUUUUUUUUUGGUACUACAUCUAGGUACACACAUGUCUUUUCUAAGACAUUCUCUAUUACGUCUAAGGUAAGGUAGUUUAGGUAACAGGUAUAUAUAAUUAUAACAAUGUUCUC